AUGGGUACAAACGCGCGCUUCUCGCUGCGGUGUGUAGGAUCGCUGUGUGGCUGCAGGGGGUACAAUGUCUACAUCCGUGUCUUUUACGCCAUCGUGGGGAUGGUGUACACCGCAGUAGGUUGCAUUGCGCUGCUCACGUAUGCGAUGCGCAAGCAGGAGCAUUCUCGUACACUGAUGCGCUUCGCAAGGGUUUUACAGCUGGUGACGGAGGUGGUCUUCACGCUGGCUUACAUGUCUGUGUUCGACUACAUGCUCUUUCUUUUCAAAUGCGAAUUCUCGUCCCAUGGCGCACAUCCGCAUGCGUACUUCAAACACGUGGAAUGUUCCGAGACCCCCCAUUUGAUCCACAUGACGGUGGCCGGUGUGACUGCGGUGGUCUUCUUUUGCAGCACGGGGCUCAUGCUGGUGGCGGGUUGCGAUCUGAGCCCGGUGGGCCGAGGGGUGAUGGCCUCACCCGCCGCCGUCACUCGGCUGAAGGUGCUGAUGCUCAAGGCUCUCUACGUCAUCGUCAUUAAUACCAUGGCCUCCGUACCCAAGCCCCAAGCGGUGGCGGUGCUGGCAGCUGCUGCGGCAAUCACCUUCUUCAAUUUCACACGGCUGCCCUUCCUGCGCACCUACAUCAACUACUUUUGGGUGGGUGGCUGGACAGCGGUGUCGUACACAUGCGGCGUGUACUGCUAUUUCAUGUUCCAUAAGGACCGGCGGACGCAACACGUGCAGCAUGAGAUGGUCAAGCUCGUCCUGUACGGCGUCUUUCCGGCAGCCGCCGCCGGCACGGCUGCGACGGUGUUGUGGCUACGUUACUGCAUGUACCCCACCAGGAAGUUCGUCAAUUUGGAGCCCCUGGUGAAGCUGAAGAAGGUUCACCAGUUUGCAUCUCCAGAGGAUGUGGAGGUGGUUGCUCGCAGCAUGAGGCGGUUCGACAUUGACGGGAUCGUUCUGGAGGAAACGGCCCUGGUCGGGGAGACCAUUAUAAAGUGCGGCAUGGCUGUGUUUCCCGGCCACGUGGGCCUCCUGAUUCUGUACGCCAACUUCCUGAUGGAGGUCAAGAGGGACGGACCCGCGGCCCGGACACAGCUGCAGCUGGCGCUCAAAGCGGGGCCAAGCCUGGUUCAGCGCUACCAGAUCUUCAGCACCAUCGAGAACAGCAAGCGGCUCAAGGACGGUCAGGAGGGGCAGCUGGACCUGCAGAGCUACGUGGAGGCUGUGAUCCGCAUGCACAAGGCCGCACUGACACGUCAGCGCGAGUUCUGGCAGCUGCUGCAACGCAGCUCCGUACGGGUGUCGGCCAUUGAGGCGCAUGUACGGGAGAUGGACGAGACAGCGGAUACGGCACACCAAGUGUAUAAGAGGGUUCUCGAGCGCUACCCGCACAACGGCAAGCUGCUCCGCUGUUACGGCAAGUUCCUGGAAGACGUACGGAAUGACCCGGUGGCGGCGGCUCGGGUUUACACGGAGGCGGCGCGGAACGGAGGCGGCGAUGGGUUGCUUUCCCUGGAUCUGCAGAUUACCGGCAGCGACAAGCCCGAGUUCCUAGCUUCCAUGGACCUCCACGACGAUGCGUGUAUCGUUAUCAAUGCCGAGGGGAAGAUACUCAUGGUCAAUGCGUGCGUUACACCGCUCCUGGGUUACCCAAAGACCGAAUUGGAGGGUGCCAACGUUUCCAUAAUCAUGCCGCAGCCCUUCUCAGGCCGCCACCCCAGCUACCUCAGCCGAUAUGUGCAGGGCGGUGAGCCUCACAUCCUGGACACGGUCAGAGACGUGGUGGCGCUACACAAGGAGCGCCACGUGUUUCCCCUUCAGAUCUGUGUGACCAAGCUUUCCGGGGUGGGCACCGACGCCAUCUUCCUGGGCCUCCUGCGUCCCCAGCCUCUGGACAGCCGCAACAUGCGGGCCUGGGUGGCGCCCAACGGCGUCAUCCUGUGCACUGACCCGCAGUUCUCAAGUCUGACCGGGCUGCUGGGGGAGGAAAUGGUGGGUCGCAACAUCCAGACCUUGUGUACGGACAUGGCGGCAGUGGAGGCCCUCCUGGAGCUGUGCAAGGAGGCGCCGUACGAGGCGCUGGGGGAUGAGCACCUGCCGCCCGUGUUGGUGGAGAUCAAGGUGGCCCCGGGGGGCACCGACUCGCAGCGCAUCUUUGUGUUUAACGCCCGCCGCAUCGACGGCAUCGCGGACGGGUUGAUGGUGGUGGACACCCGCGGCACACUCAGCUUCGCGACCUGGGACGUGGCCGCCAUGCUGGGCUACCCGCUCAAGAAGUUCCUGAAGAUGAAGCUGGAUCAGCUGCUCCCGCAACCAUUUGCGAGCAUGCACACCAAGUACCUCAGGGACCACCCCAUCAUCAUUCCCCCCACCAGCUGCCGGGCCGGGCGCCUGGUGCAGCUCGUGAACAGCAACGGCGCUCAGGUACCCGUGCGGCUGCAAGUAACCGGUCAGGACGACUCCAUGACGGGGAAGACAAAUUACAUAGUGCAGGUUCGCAAGAUGGACACCUCGUCACCAGCUAUGUUCGCCGACCGCCGCCUCGUGCUGCUUUGCACUACCGAUGGCCAGAUCCUCUCCGUCGACCACCCCGAAUCCACACUCUUCGGCUUCUCGGCCUCGGCCUGCGUGGGUUCGCAUCUCGCCGACUGCAUUGAUGUUUUUUCGGAGUGGCGCACCAAGGCAGGCACCCAUCAGAUGGAACUGCUGCUGCUAAGUAUGCUAGACCGCGAGAUGGAGAUGCCGGGUACCAGUUGGCGUGUCAAGGUGCACAGCCCCGAAACCACGGAGGAGCGGUUGCUGCCGAGCAUCGAUCCCAGGUCCCCGUCACGUCACCUCGUGGGCCGCAGCGCCUGCUUGCAAACUGAGCUGGUGGAUGCUGCGGAGUACAGCGACCUGUCCGCGGAUGUGGUGGGCACAUUGACCAAGAUUAUUCUGUGGCGCCGUGACCUGCUGACGGGUGUCGUGGAGUUGGACCAUAGGUUGGUCAUUCGGAAGGCGGAUGUCAGCACGGGCCUUAUCGUUGGAUUGCCACCCACCACUUUGCUGCGCACGCCGCUGCACAGCUGGGAGGAGCUCAUGCUGCAUGAUAAGCACAAGAAGAAGAAGAGCGCUAUGAAGGGGGGCGGAGCCGGGUCUGUGGUGUCCGUACAGCGGGCCUUUGAAGGCGCUCACCCCGACGGGGGGACCAUGAAAGUCUUCAUGCAGGGCGUCAAUGGCGGCGGGACGAGCCGUAUCCACGUCACGCUUCACCCCGACACCACUUUCCAGGGCGCUAGGGCGAACAUCUACCGGGCGUUGGGCCUGGAGGCGCUCAUGCAGCAGCAACACCAGCAGCAACAUCAGGCCAAGGCUGCGGCGACAACGACAAUGGCGACCACCACUACAGAUGCCAAGGCCUCAGUCCAAGACACAGGCCGCAGCGGCCGCGGAGACAGCAACAGGGCCGCCGCCGCCGCCGCCGCCGCCUCGACGCAGCGAGACGUCGGGUCGGCGGCUGGGGCAGCAGCAUCCGGAGGACCUUCAGCUGCAGAAGUAUUGGGAGGAGGCGGGAUCCGCGGUGCAGCGGCACUUAGCGGCGGCGGAGGAGGCGGUGAACAACGGGGCAGUCCGAGCCAGGUCGCCAAGAGGGUUGGAGGAGGAGGCGGGCCAGGGGGGCCGGGUGGAAGUCCCGGGGCCGCUUCUGGUGCGGCAAAUGGCAAUGAGCCGCGAAAUGAGGAGGUCAAGGACAAGGGCACCGCUGCCAUCCCCAAUGCCGACGGAGAAGAGGUGUCUUCCUCCUCCCAUGAUGAUGAUGGCGAGGAGGAGGAGGAGAAGCGGCAGCGGCAGCGGGAGGGGGAGGGGGAGGCGGAGGGGGAGUGGCCCGUGCGUGAUGGCGCCAGCUGGGACCAGCGGAGUGAGGAGAGACCGGACCGGGAAGCCAGUGUGAGCUCUGGAGGGGAGGGCAGCCUGCGGGAGGGAGGAGGCUGUGGCGGCGAGGACGAGGAUGACGAGGGCAACGGUGACCCCGGGCACCUGCACAAGAUUGCCCACAACCAGUCAGAGUUCGUGGCUCAGUGGGUUCGUACACUCGCCAAGCAAAUGAGCAGUCAAAUACAAAACGAUCCGGCGGCGGAUCGUGACGUCAUCCCGCUCUCCCGCCAAGCUACACUCAGCCUCAGCGGCGGCGGGGCAGCGGCAAGCGGCCCAGGCGCCGCCGCUGCUGUCUUACGUCGCCGUACUAACGACGGCUUGCCGCCCCCGCCGGGGCGUCGUACCAGCAAUGCAGGCGGUAGCUCGGUCGCGGGUGCAGUGAGUAUGGAUGGCGGUGGGGCCGGCGGUGCCGGCCGGCCGUCGUCCACAAACGCAAAUCUCAACGGUUCUAACGGCUUGCACUGGGCCUUGAUGGAUCGAGGAUCUACCAUGAUGCGCAGCAGCCGCAGGAAGCUGGAUCUGGAUCCUGUGAAUGAGGAUGAGGAUGAGGAGGGGAAAGGGGAGGGGGAGGGGGAGCCCGGCGGCGAGUCCGAGGACAACAUUGACGGUGCCAGCAGUCAGGGCGAUGACGACGACGGCGCCAGUCAGGGUCGGAGCAGCGGGGCAGGGGGGGCGUUCACGGAUGCGUCCUCCGCAAUGGAUGUGGACCUAGCUGCGGAUGCACGGAGGGCCAGGCUGCUCAAGAGGCUUUGCAAGUUGUUCGGCGGCCCUCAGCUCACAGGUCCGCUGCUGCGGAUGCGCGUCCACACCUGGCUACUGCUGGCGGCCAUGCUGGCAACACACGUGGUUAUGUACGUCAUCCUCAUCGGCAUCAUCGACCGCCAGUUUGCCAACGUGCGAGAGGUUCAUCGUCUGGCGCUGGCUGCGGACCGCGGUCAGCUGGCCACCAUCAAGGCAGCUGCGGCGGAGUUUUGCUCCCGGCCCGGUGUAGCUCCUGUGAGUGUGUGCGAGGCCCCCCUGACCAGCACCCUCUCCGACCUGCGGGCGGCGCUGGAUGACCUGGAGAGCUACCAUCAGGGCACGUACCUGGGCUCGGGCUCUCUCCCCAGGAAGAUCAAGGAACCCACCGCCUACUACUUGUGGACCAGUGCCACGGGGACGUACAAGGCGUACUUCGACACGCAACCGCCCACGUGGGUCAACGAGACGGCGGGUGUGUGGCAGUUGGGCAACCGCUUCAUUGCGACUGCACGGGAGAUCUUGUACUACGGGCUGAAGGCGGGAGGCCAGAUAGCGGAUCACCGUGCGUUCAAGUUCGUGAUUGCCAACGGGCCCUGGGCUGUCUUCGCGGGCUACACGGCCGGUCUGGACUACCUGGUCAGCUACGCUUGGGGGGAGGUGGAGAAGGUGCAGCGAGCUCUGAUUAUCAUGCUUGCCGUGGAGGCGGCAGGCGUACAGCUCGCCUGCAUUGUGUACGAGCUCGUCCUCCUCCGUACAGUCGAACAAGUCCGCAGCGGUGGCCUGCUCACCAGCCUGGCCAUCCCGGGGCCUAUGCUGCGAGUUCUAGCUAGCCGGCCCAUCGUUGUCGUAGAGGACAGUGACGAUGAGGACGGCGAGGAAGACGACGCCGCGGCUGACGGGUCCAUGGACAUGGCCGUACCGCCCCCUGGUGCCGUACUCCUUGGCGGCGCCAUGCCGUACGACUACUCGAACGCUACCCACCACCUCUCAAAUCAGGAUGUCGACCCCUCUCUGCGCUUUGGCCCCUCGGGCGUCGUACUGCCAUCGUCCGAAACACACCGUCCGGACAGCGGGAUUUCAGCAGGGUUUGGACCCACCAUCACCAACGGGCGUAGUGGUGGCGACGGGAUGCCAACCGGGGGCCGGCGGGGCUUCUCCGCUGGCGGCGGCGGCAGCAGUACAGGUGUCGUACGCAGCUCCAGGGGAGGUCGGCUUCACGUGAAUGGCAAGGAGUUGGUUCCUAGCUACCGAAACACGAUAAAGUUCAUGAUCCCCCUGUUGCUGUGGGAGGUGGCGCUGAUCGCCCUCGGCGCUGUGAGCUUCAUUCAGCUGAACGGCAUGCAGGGCCCUCUUGCCUCUCUCAAUAUGGCCUCACAUGUCAUAUAUCGAUACACACGAGUACGGAUGACGGCGUUCCUGCUGGUCACCAGCGGCCCCGGAACCAGCCAAAUGGCUUUCUACCGGAAUGUACUGCAAACGGAGCUGGUAAACCUGCAGAGCGAGUACGACACGCUGAUGUACGGCGGCCUGUCAAUAACGCAGGCCGGCAGUGUGUUUCAGAAGGCCGUCCCCGCCUCCACCUUCGAGAGCUCCUCCUUCGCGGGAAACUUCUUCACCGAGGAGAGGUGCUUUCGUUGGGACCAGAGCAAGUGCUACACACCGGACAGCCCCUACUACGAGGUGACCCAUCACGGUCUGGAUGUGAUGCUGAGACGUAUCAUCUCCGAAAUGACGUUGCUCGCGUCCGACGAUGACUUGGAUACCGUGUAUAACAGCACGCGUUACAAUACCAUGUACAUGAUCGGCACCAAGGACUUGUACGAGGGUCUCCAAAGCAGCGCGCAGCUGUUUGUGGAUUUUUCCAUUUCCCGCUACAACUCGAUCAAAGUGCUGCAAACGAUUUUGCUCGCCAUCACUGUCGUAUUCUUCCUGUCGUACGCGCUGCUGCUACUGCGCCCGUACACUGCCUCUGUCGAGCGCGAGGCGAUGCGGCUAGCAGGGCUGCUAAGCCACGUGCCCGCUGAGAUGGACGUUACGUCACACGUACGGCAAGUACUGCGUGCUCAUUUACGACAUGUACUGCAACGCAAGUCCCGACGUGCGACGGCGGGGUUCGGGGCCCGAGGGUUGGAGGCGGGUGGGGUGGGGUAUUUGGGGCCGAAUUCCCGGGUGCUGCCGUUGGAUCCGAGUGGUGGUGGUGGUGGUGGAGACGGUGUCAGGCGGCCCGGGAGUGGGUCGUCGUUCUUGAUGGCGACCGGCAAGAACUCACAAACAUAUGUCCUGACUGAGCUUGACCAUGAGGCCGCGCAGUUUCACGUGCAGCGAGGCUCCCAGCCGCCAGCAGCCGACAUGGCCCACCAGUCGCGCAUGUACCACGUCCUCGGCGUCCUCGGAGUCCUGCUGUACGCUCUGGGUGGUCCAGGACCUCUGCUGCCGCUCCUCGCCAUUCUGGGCUGA